CUCUCCUUCCUGCUAACGCUUCAUCUCAUGCUCCUUCUCUCUCUUCAUCCAUGGAACUCAACCUCUGCGUGAACUACCAUAACCGUCACGCUUUCAGAUUCACCUCUCCUUCCGCCUUCUCUCUCUCCACUCUCCGUUCCGUCCGCACUCACUUCCUCGGUUCCGCCUACACUCUCCGUCCUCCACUACCGCCUCUUCAAUCUCGCAAGAAAUGCAACAGGUUAGGGCUUCUCCGCCUCCACUCACCGCGCUUCGUCUUCAAGGCUUCUUUGCAAUCUCACUCUCUCAUCGUCGUUGUCGUCCUCGUCACCUUAUCCGCCGUUUCUAUCCUCCGAUUCACUCUCAAUAACCGAAAGAAGUCUCGCAAUCAGACACGUGGACAUGCAAAAUUUGCAUUAUCGCGACAAGGAAGUAAUGUGGGGAACCAGGUCAUUGAAAGCCAGAUUAUCGGUUUUCCAGAAUUUCAAAGGGAUAACCCGAUGAGUGAAAUUGGAAAUUUAACAGAUCACAAUGCAGAAGAUAACCAUAUUCUCGAGGACAAAGAGUCUCAGCUUCCGUUAUUGAAAUCUUCAUUGGUUCACGAAGCAUCCUUCAUGACCAACGUAUCAGAGUCAUCUACUCCUGUUCUUGACUCCAGUUUCAAUAAUAGUAGUUCAAGGGUUUUAGAAGAGUCUAUUUUGCCAGAUGCUUUCCAAUCAACUGUGUUGCAACCUCUAGCUUUUGCUGAAGAAAUGGCUUUACAAGUAGAAGAAAAUCAAGAUCAAGCUGACUCUGAUCCUGAGUCACCUUUGACUAUAGUUAAAUCUGAGCAUACCACUUCUUCUGUUGGUGUAAACAAUGAACUCACAACAAUCAAUGAACAAACUAAAGAAAACAUUGAUGCCAUCAGCUUUGAUGUCUUUUUUGGUGAAUCAGCGAGGCAAGAGCUGUACAUGUUUUAUGAGGAUAACAAGUCUACAGUUGGGUCCAUGUCACCACUUAGUAGUCUAAAGUCGUUAUCUCUUCAUGCUUCAACUAAUAAUGUUAAAGGAUUGCCCUCAACAAUGAGAAAUACCACACUUAAAGGAUCUGAUAUCUCAACAGAAAUUUCUCCACAAGGUGCAGAAUAUAUUGAAGGAGUGGUACCAAUUUCCAGUCACACAGAAGGCUACUCUCCACAAAAUGGAAGUAAACACUCGAGGAAAGGUGGCAGAGCUCUGCCUGCCAAAGUUUUUCCCAACAAUGGCCACUCAAUCAACAUGCAAUUUGAUCAGAAAAGUGAUCAAACAAGGGUGGAGGAUGAUCAGAAGAAUGACCAUUCAGAUUAUCUGAGCAGAUAUAAUAAGCUGUUAAAAGCUGCGAGGUUACAUGAAAGUUUAGAAUUGCUUAAAGAUAUGGAAACAAAGGGUUUAUUAGAUAUGACCAAGAUUUAUCAUGCAAAGUUUUUUAACAUCUGCAAGAGGAAAAGGGCAGUUAAAGAAGCUUUUGAUUACAUUAGGCUAAUUCCAAAUCCAACUUUGAGUACAUUUAACAUGCUUAUGUCAGUGUGUACAAGCUCCCAAGAUUCAGAAAGGGCUUUCGAAGUGUUGAAGCUACUGAAAGAGGCUCGACUAGAACCUGAUUGCAAACUUUAUACCACUCUGAUUUCCACUUGUGCUAAGAGUGGAAAAGUUGAUACAAUGUUUGAAAUGUUUCACAAGAUGGUUAAUUCUGGAGUGGAACCAAAUGUUCAUACCUAUGGGGCACUCAUUGAUGGUUGUGCUAGAGCUGGGCAAAUAGCAAAAGCAUUUGGUGCUUAUGGAAUAUUGAGGUCUAAGAAUGUGAAGCCAGAUCGUGUUGUAUUCAAUGCACUUAUAGCUGCAUGUGCUCAGUCAGGAGCGGUGGAUCGUGCUUUUGAUGUUUUAGCAGAAAUGGCAGCUGAAAUACAACCCAUUGACCCAGAUCACAUAACUAUUGGUGCAUUGAUGAAGGCUUGUGCAAAUGCUGGUCAGGUUGAACGGGCACUAGAAGUGUAUAAGAUGUUACAAAAAUAUAAUUUAAAGGGAACUCCAGAAGUUUACACGAUUGCCAUUAAUUCUUGCAGCCAAACUGGAGAUUGGGAAUUUGCAUGUAGUGUUUACAAUGACAUGACCCAGAAAGGGGUUCUCCCUGAUGAGAUGUUUCUGAGUGCACUGAUAGAUGUUGCUGGACAUGCGAAAAAGCUGGAUGCUGCCUUUGAUGUCCUCAAAGAAGCUCGUAAAGGAGGAAUACAUAUUGGAAUGAUGUCAUAUAGCUCGCUAGUGGGUGCCUGUAGCAAUGCAAGAAAUUGGGAAAAGGCAUUGGAGCUAUAUGAAUAUCUCAAGGCACAUAAAUUGGUGCGAACAGUUUCAACAGUUAAUGCUUUGCUCACUGCGCUUUGUGAUGGAAAUCAAUUUCAGAGGGCUUUGGAAGUUUUAUCUGAAAUGAAAGGAUUGGGAUUGUGCCCAAACAGUAUCACAUUCUCAGUACUGUUAACAGCAAGCGAGAAAAACGAUGAUAUGGAAGCAGCUCAAAUGCUUCUUUCUCAAGCCAAAAUGGAGGGUGUUGCCCUUAAUGUCAACAUGUGUCGAUGCAUAAUUGGAAUGUGCCUGCAAAGAUAUGAGAGGGAUUGCUUUGUUGGUGAACCUGUUUUAUCUUUCAACUCAGGACGGGCCCAAGUCAAUAAUAAAUGGACAUCACUGGCUUUAGCAGUGUAUCGUGAAACACUUGGAGCUGGUGAAAAACCUACAAGUGAAAUACUGUCACGACUUCUGGGAUGCUUACAACUCCCUUAUGAUGCAUCUGUCAAGAAUAGACUAGUUGACAACCUGGGAGUAAGCACUGAAUCUUCAAGAAACUCAAACCUUCGCGCAUUAGUAGAUGGUUUUGGGGAAUAUGAUGUUCGUGCUUUUUCAAUACUUGAGGAAGCUGCUUCAUAUGGAGUUGUUUCAUCAGUAUCAUUCAAAGUGAGUCCUAUUGUUGUUGAUGCUAAGGACAUGCAUACGUCUACUGCUGAGGUUUAUCUCUUAACUGUUCUGAAAGGUCUCAAGCAUCGACUGGCAGCAGGUGCAAGAUUAUCCAAUAUAAUAAUUUUACUGCCGGUAGAGAAAACAAAAGUUUCAACUCAAAAGGGUGAAAAGAUGAUCAACUUGGCUAACAGAGUUGGCCAGGCAGUUGCAGCUUUAUUCAGGAGACUUAAGAUUCCUUACCAGGGUCACGAAUCGAGUGGGAAGCUUAGAAUUAAUGGUCUAGCUCUGAAGAAAUGGUUUCAGCCGAAACUUGCAUCAUUCAGUGGGAAACCAGGUGACUGGAGCUCAUCCCCAUCAAGACUGGGCAAACGCAUUAGCCAUCAGCAGCGAAGGAUUCGAACCGGCAAUUUAUCUUUAGACUAAGUGUAUAUUUGUGAUUCCCAGCAGAAAUCAAGCAUCUGCAUUUUGCCUAAUAUUAGCUUUCCAUCUUAAUGUAUUUUCUCAAUAGAAAGUUGAAAGCACUCCUUCAUCCAAAUGGUAUAAAUAGAAGAGUGAUUUAGACCUAAGAAAGCAUAUGCUUUCUUGAGUGCUGGCCUGAGAAAUGACAUCUCAGCAAAUUCAUUUUGAUGAAGCCACCAUCAAAAUCAAAGAUGGCACUGGUCCAAUUCUUUUGUCCUUUACCUGCAGCUAUGUCAUGGCCUCUGCCACGCGGAUUAUCUAAAUUAAUGUACGAUGAUAGAGAUGCAGAAAUAUCUGAUCUAUAUGAUUCUGGUACUUGUAUUUAUUUUGUUUUACCAGAACUUUAUAUAUGUAACAAAAGCAUAUACAACAUGAAAAACAAUAC